UUCUGCUAAAUUCAGUAUCAUGAAAUCUAGUCAACUAUUGAUAAAAUUGAAAAAAAAUUUUGGUAUUUUUUAGUCAAACCGAGAUAGCAUGGCAUGGAAUUUUCUGAAAAAACGUCUGAAUCUUUAGAUUUUGACAAUUGUCGAUUAUUAAGAAAGAAUUAUAAACAUUUAUAGUUUAUUUUCUUUCUUAACUAACUCAUUAUCCAGUUACAAGCAUAAAAAGCCAAACUGCUAAGUGGUAUUGUCAUCUUAUUGAUGAUAAAAUCAACAAAAUAAAUCACGAUCGACACUUCAUAAAAGUUGAAACCGAAAAGUUUAACAGAUUUCUUCAAUCAAAAUGAUGAAAAGUUUUACUAGAGUUAACAAGUUCAGGAUAGUUUAUGAGUGGGAAAUUAAUGAAGUGACAUCAUUAAUUAAAUCUGCGAGAUUCAACGACGAGGAUACCUAUCUUGAGUCAUCUAAAUUCUCGACAGGCUCGUCAGAAGUUGAAGAUUCGUGGUUUUUAAAAUUGCGUUUAAAUAAUUCAAAGUCCGAAAAUAAAAGAUAUAUGUCAGUAUUCUUAGCAACAAAUAAUGAAGAUAAAGAGAUACGGGUAACAUAUUUUCUUUACAUAUUGACUGAUAAAAAAGAAAGAAAAAAUAUUCAUAGUGCAGAUAAAAUUUUGGGAAAAGACUCUGAUUGGGGAUACAGAGCAUUUAUUGAAGAAAAAGAAUUGUUGGAUAAUAAAAAUCAAUAUUUACCGGGCGACACUUUGACAUUGUGCCUUGAUCUCACCGUAUAUGGCGAGUAUAAAAGUUUUUCUACUGAUGUCCUUCGAAGGACAAAGUCUUCAAUGAUUCAAGAUUAUAAGACACUUUAUCUCAAUAAAAUUGGAAGUGAUGUCACUUUAAUCGUCCAAAAUCAAAAAUUCAAUGCUCAUAAAGGCGUUUUAAUAGCAAGAAGUCCAGUACUAGCGGCAAUGUUUGUCCACGAAACGAUUGAAAGUAAAAAAAAUGAAGUAACUAUAACUGAUAUUAGGCCAGAAAUAAUUGAAAAAAUGCUAGAGUACAUCUACUGUGAUGAAAUAAUUAAUAUCGACAAUUAUGCGCAAGAGUUAUUAGAAGCUGCAGACAAAUAUCAAAUUCAGACAUUGAAAGGAAUGUGUGAAGAAUCAAUAACCAAAUCUAUAAAUUUUGAAAAUGCUAUUCGAAUUUUGAUUUUGGCUGAUCGUCAUAGUGCUCAACAAUUAGUUAAAUUUGUUACCGAAUUUAUAAUCGCUAAUGCAAAAAGCAUAAUCGAGACUGAAGACUUUAAAUCUAUGAAUAAAUCCAAUUCGCCUAUAUUUCCAAUGUUAUUUGAAAAAAUGGCAAUUACAUACGGCAAUUAAAGGUCUGAUAAAUAUAAAGUAUUUUUCUACAUCCAUUAUGUUGAAUUUUUUAUAAAAUUUAGAAUUUUUCCUAAAAUAUGUUAAACUUGAAUCUUACCAAUGUCUCAUUUUUUAUGAUGCAUUUCAAAAUGUAUGUAUAUGU